AACCACCCAACAAACAAGUCCAAGUCCAAGACAACCUGGAAUUUCUUGUCCCAGCGCGCUGUUGAUUCCUACGGUUUCGGAAGUUUCCGGGUUAAACAAAUGGAUCACAUAAAGCCACAUUUUAUUAUCAUAUUUUAAAUUUUUUGGUGCCACCCAAAGAUUCAGAUUGCAGAAAAUCUUUUGGAUUUGAGGCCAAGGUAGGGAUAAGUUGAUGGGGGCGUAACAGAGCCACAAAAGGAGGGGAAUUUCGGUUUUCAAAACCUCUUUUUCUCAACAGAAAAAAAAAAUGUUGCAGAAACUGUGUUUGAUGGCUUCUCAUGGAUGCCCUCCGGGUCUUGUUUUGCAACAAGAGCUGCCCAUGGUUGGCUGCAGCAUCACCAAGGUUUGUCAACCAAUAUUGCCUUCUCCUGUACUGAAGCCAGAAAUUAUCAGAUAUGGAUCCCCGCUAAAUCCAUUUGAGUCAAGCAAGUCCCGAAAUGAGUGUUUUGAUUCCAAUCAGAUUGUAAACGUGAACUUGUCGACUCAAAGGCCCAUGCUUAUUGAUGUCCAAGCAACAUAUCCAAGCCCAGUACCUUUUGGCAUUGGCAUCGUUGAACAAUGCACCGAGCACAAUAAAUUUGUGCAGUUUACCAUGUCUGAGAGUGCUGAAGCUGGGAUAGGUGGAAUACAUAUUUCUUUGUUGUCUGACUUGAUGGAUUUGCAAUUGUCAGGCAUUGAUGAACCUCAAAAACCAUUGACACCUCUUAUCCCAAAAAGCAAAUUCUUCAUCCCAAAGAUUUUGCUAGAUAUUUUUCAAGAUUCGGCCUUUAGUUCAAAGAUUACAGUUCAUCAAGAUGGUCAAGUCACGUUUAUGGGUACUGCAAUUGAGAUGAAAGAUCUUCUUUCUGUAGUUGCUGACUCGUACUUGUCAGAACACAUGCGUAAGGGUGAAAAACAAUCUAUGGUUGUUCCACACUUCAGCAGGAUGAUUUUCAAUGAAGUAGAAGUUAGAAGUCAUUCCUCCACAUUGGAUAUUCACUCUACAUUGACUGUUCCUUUAAGAAGUCCUGAGAAAGUCGAAGUCAAGCCAACGCAAAAAAAGAACAAGAAAGCAGCCAGAGAGAGGGAUCUCUACAAGAAGAACUACUUACAUGCAUGUGAGAGUCUUCUCUCCUUAAUGGUUGACAAGAGGCAACACCGCAAAACCGCUAUUCUUUCUCUGAAGAAAUCUGGCCCUAAGCUUCCUGAGCUCCUCACACAAUUUUCUGUUGGCAUCGCUGGUACUGGCCUUGCUGUCCUGCUAUCUGUGAUCUGUAAGCUAGCUUGCGGAAGGGUUCCCUUUUGUGCAUUCAACACUGGGUUCGGAUUUGGGCUGGUUUGGCUUUCAUGGGGAGUUAAUAAGCUAAGGGAUACAAUUGUCAGCAUAAACAAGAAUGCAGGAAAGCUAGAGCUGAAAGAUGAGGACAUUAUUCAAAAGGUUGAUAAGAACCUAAGAGAGGUUUACUUCAGAGCUGUAGCAUUGCUAGCGGUGGCAGUGCUACGGUUUGCUUGAGUACUACCUCUGAAGACAUGAUCGCAUUGAGUUUGAAGGGCUGUAAGUGUCGCGGGGCCACUCAUUGGAACAACCAUUAUACCUGAUCAGUUGGAUGUCCAUGGCCAUGGCUUUUGGGGAAGUGAUAGCAAAGCAAUCUUGGUUUGAAACCAAAUGAAUCUUUGCUUGAUCUUGAAAGCACAAGAUUGUGGAUGAUUUGCUUGAUCAGCACUUGGAUGGUGGUGCACUUACGGUAUGGUUAGUACCUAGUUUCAAUAAUCAAAGCAAGCAACAUGCACUUUUGCUUGGUAUAAGGAUGGUUAGACAAAUUGUAAAGUGUACGUAAAAUUUUGUAAUAAAAUACUGUUUUGGUGAAAUUGUUGUCAGGUUUUCCCUGUAUACAUAAGCUGUAUGUCAGUACUACCAAUGGAUGCAUGUCUUUGCAUGGAUUAUCUCUACAAAAA